UCAGACACUGACGGUUGGAUAGUAACGUAAAGGUGAAGCCAGUUGUUAAUGAAAGAAACGGUGGUAUAUUUACAUUGACACCGCAUUUAACAUUUGUACACAUGUCUUUUCUAGAGGUUUAACGAUUUUGCAUUCUUGUAGACUAUAUAGUUUCACACACCUGUUCAGUUGUAUUAUUGUAGCGCUAACACUAAUGUAAAAAUUGGCUGCCGUAGCGUAAUUAGUUUUAUGCUAGCUAGCUAACGUUAACGUUAGCUAACGGACACAACUCGUUAUUAGCUCAAACAUACCAGCUUACGCCAGUCACUCUCCCCUGACAUGGACCUGGAUAUUCGUCAGUAUCUAAACAAGGCAAAAGAGCACCAAGACUCUAGAGCUCUGCAGUCAGCGUACCGUUUGCUGAGGGACAUACCUGUUGUUGGAACCAGUGGACGAACUCUACGCGUUGCACCUGAGCUGUACGUUGUUUGCGCGGAAGCAGCUCUGCAGCUGGGUUGUUUGGAGAUAAGCACAGCGUGUCUAAAGAUGUACUUUGAAGGGAAUCCGCCGGCUAAUCAAUUUUUGUGUCGAGCCUACCUCUGCCAGGGCCUGCUGAAGUCUCCGCCGGCCACUGGGAGUGUGGAAGACUUUGAAGCGGCUGUGCUGUGUUUUCUUAAAGCUAUUGAAAUUUCAAAGAAUGAACCAAGAUAUUUCUACAUUGUGUUCAAUGCCUCAGUGCUGUACUACCAGACAGUGCGUCCUCUGCUGCAGCCAGGGCGGUGCCUCCACCUCGUCCCUUCCCUCAGACAGGUGAUCCAGAGUCUGGAGGAGGUGGCAGACCAGGACCACAGCUGGAGGGCUGAACUCAUGAUGCAUCUUGUCAAAUGUCUCGUGGACUCAGGGAAAAUGGAAGAUGCUGCAUGUUUUGCCAAAGUGUCAGAAGAAUUUAUCAAGUCCCAUACGCCACAUCUUUACCCAAGACUCUUUACGUUACUGGUACAACACAAGCUGACGGAGGAUGAUGUCCUCAUUGAAAUGAGCAGGCAGUGUACUACCUUAGCAGUCAUUUACAAAAUACAGGAGUUUAAAAACAGGUUGAAGGAAACAAAGGAGGAUGAGCCAACAAGAGAAGAACUUAAGCAGAUUUUUCAUCUCCUGGUGGAUGGUGCCAAAGCAUCUGCUGCACCCGUAACCUCCAGUCCUCUUCAGAGCUCAACACCCAUCCAACUAGCUGACAGAGUUGCCUUCCUCCUGGAGUUGGCUCUGCUGGCCUUGCAAGUGAAGCAUCAGGAAGUAGCAGUCGACUGUUUGAAAGAGCUAAAGUCGGCGGGAGAGGCUAGUAUUGGACAACGCAUAAUAAUGGAAUGCGUCAACUGUGAAAUCAACCUCCUGAAAAGAGAGGCAAAGAUGAAUGACUAUUCCAAAGCCAGUGUGGAGGCCCGGCUGAAGGAAAUAGGCAAGCUGGAUCAGUGGCUGCAGACUGCAGUGAGGGAGGGGGACCCUCAGGCCAUGCAGGCAGUGUGUGCUACCCAGUGGAACUUCUGUCUGCCCCUCUUGCAGCACAACCUCCGAAAACACAUCAAGACACCUCUGCUCAGGCUGGCCCAAGUACUGGAGGACAUGCAGAGCAUGUUGCUGGAGAUGCGCUGUCAAGUCCACUCAGAGCUGGCAGCGAUUGAAGAGGAGGACGGGCGCCUUGAGGCUUCUUUGACUCACCUUCAGAAAGCCAUGGCGCUGGAUAACGGGACACAGCGAGAACGCCUGUCAUCAGCUCUCCGCCUCCUGCAGCUCAGAGGGAACCUCUACCAAAUGCCCUCCCGGAUCGAGGAUAAAGCCGCUAUGCUUAUGCAGCAGGCCAGGGACAUUCAGCCUCAAGAUAAGAUAGACAGUCGUCCCAUCCUGGUUGCUGUGGGUCUUCUUUUGGCCCCUGAUGAUUUCCAGAUGGUGCUGGAUGCUGACGACACAUCAAUAGUUCCCGUAGGCAGUCUUGGAUGUGGACCAGUGGCUCAGCUCUCUGCUAAGGCUCAGCAUCAUUCUACAUCUGUACGGAAGGUGGAGGGACACCUGGCCAGACAAGGAGAUGACACAGUCAACACAGAAAGGGUGAAGUUGUGGGCAACACUGGUUAAGACAGCCAGGAAACAGGAAAUUUGGGAUGUGUGCCGAGCUGCUUGUCGAUUCUGUUUGCUUUAUGAUGAUGGGAGAUGGAAGAUCUCCAAGACUGACAAAUGUACCUACGCAGAAGAGGGAAGCUGUGCAGAAUGUCUUCAUGGUUGCAGUGAAAGCCGUGCCUGUGUGAGGGACUUGCUGCGCCUUUUAGCUGAAAUCUGCUUCAUCAGUGCUGAGGCCACCGUCCAAAAGCUGCUAAUUGAUGGGGUGCAGCUUAACAGCCCUGCUGUCCCUGAAGUGGAAAGUAAGCUGUGUGUGUCUGAAGAGGAUCCACACUGGGUUGUUUACAGGGACUGGAUUCAGGCUCUGUCUGCCUACGCCACCUCCAACUUUUUGCGGGCAGCGGAGCUUGGAGCAGAGAUCAGGGAGCCGUGGGUGAUAGCAAAUGCAGCCAUUUACUUGUGGAACUACAGUAGCCACUUGUUGGCAGCUGGGGAGUACCAACGCCUGCUUCCCACCUUCCAGAGUCUGGUGGCGAUGAUCCAGAAGACAGAGUUCACUGGGAAUCGGGCUCUAUUUGUGCUGCUGUGCGAUGCCGUGGCCCGGGGGUUGAUCCAGCCUCUGUGUGGACCAGACAGCGUGAGGCCAACCACGCCAGAAGACAAGGGCAAAAACAGACCUGAGAAGGGGAUGGAGAAGGCUGCCAGUGUCCAUGGGGUUUUUUUAGACCCUGUUGCCCUUCAGGAUGUCCGCAAGGCAUCAGAGCUGUGUGACUAUGCCCUUUGCAUUUCCACCUGCAACAUCCCAGGGGAGACAGUUCCAAUCGCAGCAAGGAAAGAGGUGGUGGCCACAUGGGUGCAGAUCAAGAGGCUCCUGCAACAGCAGAUUGGCUCAAAGAUGGACACCAAAGAUGAGUGUGAGAAUGAGGAAGUGUCAGCGAUGACGCGCGUGCUGGUUGGAGUGGAGAUGCUCCAGUGCAAUAGGAACCCAGGGCAUAUGGAGUUCUCCGUUCCCAGUCUCUCGACACUGGUGAGCAUGGCGUCUGAAUGCAGCUGGACCGACGCCGUGGUGGAGUUGCAGGUGUGGUGCCAGCUGGCUGCCUUCUGCCAUUAUGCCAAGGACCACAGCUUGGUAUUGUGCUGCACCAAGAGCGCUCUGCAGCUGGAAGAAGCAGCAGCAAAGAGCCUCAACACCAUGCCCUGUGUUUUAUAUGGCCUGACGGCUGUGAAUGAGAUGCUGAGCAGCGCUGCUUGUUUAAGGGGUUUAAGUUUAGUCCAUGAGUCCAGUGGAGAUCUGCAAACUUACAGAGAGGCUUUAAAGACGCUUCUAUGCAGUGUCAGCCAUGCAGAGAAGGCUAAGAAUCCAGCAUUGUGUGUCACAGCUGCAAGACAUUACUGGAACACCUGUCUACCCCUGACACAGACUCCUGAGGAAAGAUGGCAGCUCCGAGAGCCCCUGAAGAAAAUCCUGAUGGCUCUGACUCAAAUGAACACGAAACAUGCCAAUAAACAUGGCAAAGUGAAGGGCUUGCUGGCCUCGACAGCAUUGCCUCUUGGGAGUUGUAAACAUGAAGCAACAGUAGAUAAAGAUGACCUGACCCUGAGAGCAGCCAUUUACAAUUUCUUGCUCCACAUCCACAUUGAUAAAUCAGACUGGAAAGGUGCUCUUCAGCUGCUGGACCAAGCUAUAAGAGACAUGCCUCGCACUGAACACCGACUAACUCUGCUGAAACACCGAAUACUGGUAAAAGCACGCCUGGGGGAAAAUGUACUGACGGACAUGGAGAAGUUAGAGGGUGAAGGAGAGCGGUGCUGUUCAAUUAUGUGGCGCCAGGUGGCACUAUGUGCUGGCAGUGUAACCCAGCAACUUGCCUGCUACCAGAAAUCCAUCACCUCUCUGUCGAGUGAAGAGACUCAGUGGCAGAAGGUCGGCCUUCUGCUGGAGUUUGGAGAGUGGCUGUACUGUCACAACUUCCCCAAAGUUGAUGCCCAACACCAGGUUCAGUGGGCCAUAGACAUCCUUCUGCACUCGAAAACUGAACAGACAGAAAGAGCAGCGGAUGAGUCCAAAAAAAUAGAUUUGAGCUCAGUGAAAUGUGAGUCCCUGGUGGGAGUCCAGAGCUUGUUACCAAUACAAAGUUUAUUGAAUCUGAAGGAGGUGCAACGCCUUGACAGUUUGGUGCGAGCACACACUCUGCUUGCUGUCAUGGCAGACAAAGCUUCACCUGAGCACCAGCUCAACCUACUCAGAGCCUACAUCUUUGUUCUUCAAAUAUGGCAGGUGUCCAUGGCAGUGUGUUGUGCGAUUUCCAAUGAAAUGGCAAAGAGCCAGCCACCCCAGCAUCCUGCCUCUGCAGGAUCCAAAAAAGGCAAAGACAAGGGCAAAGGCAAAAAAGCAAAAGAUCCUCCCCCUUCAGAAGAGAGACCUAAACCUGUUGUCUUGGAUCUGGUACUUCCUUCCACCCCAAAGGACUGGGCUCGUUAUGCCUGUCCUGACCAGGCCAGGCAGAUCUUCAGAACCAACAGUAACCCCCACUGUAUCAACACACACAGCAUUACAAAGCAGACUCAAAGCCUGUUUUAUCUCAACCUGCUGGAAAAAGAGCUUCACUCACUCUCACUCAACCACCUGACCCUUCCCAUAAUGCAUCUAGCUGAGACCAUUGCUCAUGAUCUUUUGGACAGGAGGAGCCUCUCUGACCUCUACCGACUAAGAAUUGUGAGGACCUGUCGUCAGCUGGGUUUGGAGACACUUUCACCAUAUCAGGAAAAACUCCUGAAUCUGUGUAGAAUCCAAGAACAAGAACAGAUGGGGUGCCACAGAGCGAUUGCUUUUUCACAGGAGAAGAGAGGCCUUCACAAAGCUUACAGUCAGAAGGUUAAGGUGGAUGAGAAGGCUGUGUCUGAGCAGCAGAGUAUGGAUGUGCAUGCUCAAGACAUCUGGCUGGACAAAGCUGAGGUCUGCCUCAGCAUGGGGCUGUUUCAACCAGCCAGGCAGCUGCUGGCUGAGGCCCACUUUGUGGCUAUGGAGCUUGGAGACCAGAAAGCAACAGCUAGAAGUUUGCUCAGUCUGGCCAAUCUGGCUUGUGAAGAGCAGAACUAUGCCCAGGCUUUGAUCCUGCUGGACAAAGCCCCACCCCUGGGGGGGGAUGAGGAGUUCUGGUACCAGUUCGUCCUCACCAAGGUCAGAGCUGUAGUGGGCCAGAGAGGCAAAGAUGCACACGCCAAGGUUGAGAACAUUAUAAACCAAGGCUGUAUGACUCUAAAGCUGCUUCUGGAGCAGCGGGUAAACCGAGUCCCAGAACUCACAUUCUUCAUCACCUCAUUAGAGAUGAGAGGUGCCAUUGAAUGUAUAUAUGCUGUUGGUGGUAGUGAACCUGGAGAGACACUCAGCACCGAGGCCAUUCAGAUGAUAAUGGACGCCUGUGAUACAAUCAAAGAAUGUGCCAGUGGUUUUACUAAACUCAGCUAUAAAGAACACGCAGCAGAUGCUCAUGCAGAGUAUGCAUGUGGUCUGAGAAUCCUAGUCAACCAUGCUACUCACACAGAAAACAAACAGCGCUUCCUGCUCGAUGGCCUCUCCCACAUGCAGCUUGCUGUUACAGAGCAGGAACAUGUGGCGCUGAAUGCUCAGAGCUUGCUCCCAUCACAGGAGGAGGGCCAUGACCUGUCACUGGCAGCCAUGCGAAGGCUGCUGCGCCUGCGGCUGGUCCUGGCAGAAUUUUGUCUUUCCAUGCUGGAGGAGCACUGUGCUGAGGAGAAACACCGAGCUCUGGCCCGCCAGAGGAAAACCUCUGCUGAGAUAGCACUGGAGGAAUUUACACGCUGCACACCUGAGCCCAUCUCUAUAGAACAGGAAUGGGGGAGUGUGGCCAGUACCUUGGGGCAGGUGGCUCUGGGCCAGCUGGCUGCAGUCACUUCUUACUCCCUGGACAACAUGGAGACCAAAGCUCACUGCCUUAGUCUGAUGGGAAAGUACCUCAGACUGCUGGCUGUGCAGGAGGACCCCGUUUACCUGUGUGCUCUCUGGGACAGACACAAACAGAAGGAGGCCUGGACUGACCCUAAAGCUGUUUCCAUGGAAGAGGAGAAUUCAGAGAAAGAGAAAGAUGGAGAAUCAAGCAGAAGAGAGUCGAGGGUGACCUCUGCCAAAAGUGCUGAGCUGCAGCAGCGGGGGAGACUCAGAGCCCAGCAGCUGUUGGCACAGGCCAGUAAGGCCUUGGCUGAGGCCAUCAGCCUGUGUCUCCAACACAAGCUGCCCUCCUCCAUCCUGGCUGAUGCCUCUCUCAACAUGUUGGAGUGUCAUGGCCAGUCUGACCCUGCAGCAGCAGGUCAAUAUCUUGCCCUGUUUCAGAGCUGCUGCACUGUUACUAUGAUGGCUGAGGUCCUAAGUUCAGCUUGUGCUGGCACCACUUUGUCCCAGCUCUCCGCUCUGCUCAGCCUUCGCAGGAACCUGCUUCUCUCUCACGAUGAGAGGCCCAGCAGCAUGCUGAAGGGAGUGGAGGACUCCCUCAAUAGCCUUUCCAAGGCCUUCAGCCACCUGACCAUCUGUCCCAACCACCUAAAUAUCCUCGCAGAGCUCCCACCCAACCUGAAGAUCCUGCUGCUUCAGCACUCUGAAGAUGGGUCAGAACUUUAUGGGGCUUUCUAUGAGAUGACCAAAGCUCCAAAUCAAAAGGGAAAGACUACACAAGUUCCAGGUUCCGUGACAUGCUCCAGGGUGGCAAAGGUUUCAGUCUGCCCACAGGCUCUGCUGGCACUGAGGGAGCAGACUCAGAUCUUUGGCCUGGACGCUAGACAUGCCCUCCUCAAUCAAGUCUGUUGGCACAGUGCCGAGGGCAGGCUGGAGGCCUCUGAGGAGCUUCAUGUUUUUCCCUGUAAAACUGCUGCAGAAGAAAUGCUAGCACCUCGCUUCAGAGAAAUUGUACAGGAUAUGAAGGACUACUUGAAUCCACUUCUCACACAGUUUGACUUCACAUGCUUCAGGCCCCAGGCUGCAUCACUACCACUCUCUGGGAUGGCCAAAACCAAAGAUAAAGAAGAGAAAGGGAGCUCAGAUAAAUUACCAGCAGAACCAGGGGAGUAUGUGGUGUUGCUGGCAGACAGGAAGUUGCUGGAGUUGCCACUUGAAGCCUUGUCCAUCCUGCAGGACGAAGGCCUAAGUUCUGUGUCACGAGACUUUUCCCUCCAGCUUCUCCACAGUCGCCUGAACAAAGAAGAACCAGACAAAGCUGAAAGUGACAACAAAAAAGAGACCAAAGGUGGCAAGCCAACUAAGGGGAAGGGAGAUCAAAGCCAAGCCAUCAAAGUGGUACCUGUGAAUCGUGUGUUGCCUUCUAACACCUUCCUAGUGGAUAUGCGAAACGUCAAAUAUAUUGUUGACCCUCACAAUGAAGGCAGCUUUGAGGGGACCAGUCUGAGCAUAAGGAUGAAGAAGAUUUUAGAAACCCACAGCCAGCAUUUGACCCAUCUGUGGGAGGGCUUCAUGGGCAGCAAGCAAACACCCAGUCUGUCUGAGAUGGAGCAGCUGCUGUGCAGAUGCAGUGCCUUCAUUUACCUGGGGAUGGAGCGCUUCAUGGCGAACAUUCCACCUGCCAAAGUGGCAGCCCUCAAUCUGUCUGAGUGUCGCAUGGCUCUUCUCUUUGACUUGGUUCAGAACAAUGCCAGUGUUGUCCGCCAAUCAACCCUUGAUAUGUACAAGAGUGCAGAACAGUUAGCCCUGGAGAAACCCCUGGAGACUGCUCUGCUGUUGAGUUUGGCUGGUGUUAGCUGUAUUGUCCUCAACCAGUGGCACAGCAGCCUUCAACAGAACACACACAAUAUGGUCAAUGUACUAGAUAAUUUACUGAGGGUAAGACAGACCUCUGGCCAUGCCAUCCAUGCCCUGAGGAGAGGGGAGAGCCCAGAGACACCACAUCACAAAGCUACAGGAUCAGAUCAAGUGCUCUCCACCGACUCAGAGGACGGUGAUGUUCACCACAAAACGCUCCUCACACCAUCAGCUUUCAACUGCAUUCUUUACGGACUCCCUAACAUAAUUGUCUCAUAAUAUACUUUCUAUCCUCAAUAUUUCACGCUUAUAUUUCACAGUUGCGGAUGAUUACAGGCCUACAUGUCAUCCAGCUUUGCAAAUAUUACCGUAUGCAAAAAAAGUAAAGCUACUGUAGUAUGAGGGGGUAGAUAUUUCAUUAAACAUGAUCCUUGAUUCUUCACUUCCACAUUUUUCACUAUAUCAUUUUAUGAGAAUACAGAUUUUAUCAUUGAUGUUUUUACCCACAGCAGACAUAAGACACAAUAUAUAACAUACCUGAUUCCAUAAGAUAAGGCUAGAGCUUCAUAUGCUCUGAGAGAGGGCAGCUUAUAGAGAUUCGCCCUAUACAUGUCUUGUAUUAUUAAAAUACCAAUGUUUCUACUCAGGUUGUCCUGACAAGUUGUACCUGCUUUGCAGAUAACUCUCAACAUAUUGAAUGUUUAGAGCAGGGGUGCCCAAAUACUUCUCAGUGGAGGGCCAAAAAUGAAUCAGGGUGGAGGGUCACGGGCCAAAACUAAACAUUCAUGUUGCAGUGCAUUUAAUUAAAUGACUAUGAUAUAACUAUGCAAAAUAAACAGUCAUACAAAGUAAUUUAGAAAAUGAAUAACAUUUCUGUUUAUUGAAAGCAGAAAAAUAAUAAGUACCAGGCCUAUGACUCUAAAAACAUGGGACACAACAUGUCCCUACAAGACCAAUAUAUUACAGUCUCCACUGUCUUGAACAAUCAUUUUCAAAUAGGAAUAUAAUUGAACAACAGCUUUAGCUUUUUAGCCUUUUUUUGUAAAUCACUGAACUGUGUUUACGUUAAUUUCAGCUGAAACAUUAACCAUACAGAGCAGAACAUGCUCCAAAGUGCCAGACAUUUCACGCCUAGGCCUCCAAUACAUUCAUCACUGCUUACGGGAGCUAAACAGCGCCACCCUUCCCUCAAUGUAACACAAUGCUGAUUUGUGGUCAGUAGAGGAAGUGCAACAAUAAAUAAAUAUUUAAAGAGAUAUUCCGACUGCUGGCAGCGGGAAAAUAAUAAUUAUUUAAUUAUUGAAAAUUUGUCCGCUUCAGUCACCAUGAUUACCAAUGUGUUAUUGAUGUGGGUUACUGUCAGACUGAAUGAGAGAAAUGAGUUCAAGCCAAAUAAACACUCUGACAUGACCAACAAUCCUGUUGUGAUAGAACAAAAAUGAAUGAAAUCCUACAAUAAGAAGACUGAGCUCAAAAACAGAGGCUUGACUGUAGUAAUGCAGCUUCAUCUUGCAGCUGUGACUAAAGUUCUGUUCCUGCCUUGUUUUCUUAAUAAUUGUAGUGUUCCUAUCAGUUACUGCAAAUUAAGUCUAGUUGACAGCAUUUACUACAGUUUUGUUGUCUUGACUUGUCACAUGAAAUUAAAUCUUAAACAGUUUAAACCGGUGACCCCACAAGAGGGUGAACUCAUAGUUUAAAAAUGCCGUGUCACACUGGGUCAACAUUAAAACCACAAGACCUCGCUUUAGUUGACUUCAUUUGACAGAAGCUGGAUUCAUCCUUUCAUGAAAAUGAAAAAGGCUCAAAUGAAAUGUAAUUAUUUUAUUUAGAGAAUACCCUUAUCAGGCAUUGCAGUGCACACUUAAUCCUUAUAUUUGUUGUUGUAUUUCACUAAAUGCUAAUUGAAUACAAUUCCAAAUGGUAAAUACCCUCCUGCUCUGUUUAUUGUAAGUCAAACCCUAAAUAAGAGGAGAGGGGAAGUCAGUAUUGCCAUAUUAAUGCUUAGUUCCAUAAUAGAUUUGGGUGCCUAUGAUUACUAAAACAUGUUCCUAUGUUACUUUAAAGGGGAACACUAAAUUAAGCGUUCCAGCAUGAGAGGUUCAGUCAAUACUGUGAACAUGAGCUGCUCUCUCUCAAAGCCAGAAACCAGAGAAGUAAGACUCAAACUUGUGAUGUCAUCAAGUAUAAAGUCUGGAGCUGCUCCAUAGACAGUGGAUAGGAGACUGAUUUUGCUGACUCACAGAAUGCUUGUUUUCUUUUUAUACCCAAAUGAGCUUUAUUCUGUUGUGUUCUCAGUUCUGAAGUAGAAAAUAUACUCAGAACAUUCCCAUGGUCGCUCUCAGCGCCAUCUGUAACAUCUUUCGCCAUUCAUUGCUAUGGAGCAGCUCCAGACUUUAUAUUUGACAUUAUGAAUUUGAGUUUUAGCACUCCAGUUUUGGGAUUUGGGAGAGAGUUGUUCAUGUUUACUAAUAUUUUUGCAGUGUCUUAGACCAUAGGAAUAAUGUAUACAUUUUGAAAAUGGACAGUUUCCCUUUAAUGUGUGCAAGAAUGGAGAGAUUUAAUUCUUCUUCAGCUGAAGAAUUUCCUUCUGAUUGACACACACAAAACCACUGGUAUGAAUGCCAUUUAAUUUAUUUUUCAACAACACUGUUGUUAACAUGUGGUUAGAUUUAGGCACAAAACCACUUAGUUAUGGUUUGGAAAAGAUCAUGUUUUGGCUUAAAAUACCCAGUUUUGGUGGCACAAUCCUUGCAAGGAAAAUUGUAGCAAGUGUCAUUGAAAAGCAGCCGGUGUUGUUGUCUGUUGGUCUUGAACACUUGUCUGCUGUUGUCUUGGCAUCUGUCUCACUUAGGUGUCAAGCCUUCCACCAUCCCCCCCACCUUCCAAUUUACAAAGUCAACACCAUCACUUUAGAAAUGUUGAUAUGAUGCGUAUGACUCGGCUGUACUGCAAGCAGCCGCUUAGCUAAGUGUUAAGACUGGAAACGAGACAAAACAGCUAGCCUGCAUCUGUCCACCUAACAGCACCUCUAAAGCUCACGAAUUAAAACAUUAUACACACAUUAAAAACCUAAUUUUUGUGAGGUUUUCAGACAACCAGUGGAGAGUUUAGAAAGUUGCUGUGCCUGGCAACAUAUCAUGCACAUAACCCUCCAUAAAACCACAAUUUGUUUUUACACUUUGGUUUUUGUAUGAAUUCUAACAAGUGAGAUUUACAAGAGAUGGGUUGGAGGAUUUUAUUGCAUUAGAUUUGUUUUGAUUCGGCCAGUCUCUAACCCUCUGUCCUUAGCAGCAUUCAGACUCAUACAGCUGAUUUAUUUGUGUCAAGCACAAAUGUUGCCCCAUGUCCAUAAUCGGAUAUUGAUGAUGAGAUUACAGAGCUCGUCCCUGUGUCUGUAUGCUGUGAUGGUGCUCAUGAAUUCACAGAAAUGUACCCUUUAGAACAAAUUGCUGAUUAUUGAAUAACAUUUAGGAAUUCAUCCACACUGAGCCCAUGCCUGCACUGCUGAUGUCUGGACAGCUUGCUGUUUAGCUGAUGACAUUCAGAGGAAGUGGCUGGAUACCGCGUUUCUUAUUUUCCCCUAUUCUGAUAAACUGCUGCUAACUGUGUCCCAGCAGUUUUUUUUUUUUUGCCUGUUCACCCAGGGACAGCUCAGCUUUUCACCCCUCGGGGCAGCCAACAUAUGUUUCUCAAUUGCUGUUGUGCUCCUAAAGUUCAGCUUGCUUACGCUCAGAUCUCAACUUGAAGACAGCAUCCAUGUUUGAAUACUGUAUACAUUACCAGUAGACGCUAUAUUCACUUGUUUAAAAGCUGUUUGACAUGCAUGGUUAUGUAACUACAAUUUUGCGUCUUUUCAUCAUCAAAGUUGACUUUUACCCUGAUCAAUUAAUGCCCUGAAUGAAGCAAUGAAUUAAUCAGAUUAAUGGUUUCAUGAAAUGGACUUGUUGAUUGACAAAGUGUAGAUGAAUUAUGUACUGAAAACAUAUCAGAACAGUUGCAUGUAGAGCACACUUCUAUACUUAACGCUGCUGUUUUCAACACAUUCCUCCUGACUUUGUCAUGUGCCGUUGGAGGAAUAGAGUCCAUGUUAUCAUUGUGUUUAUUUUGACCAAAGAGAAGGAGAACUAUAGCCAGAGGAAAUUCUUCCACAGCCUGUCGUUUGACCUUUGUCUGCACUGUGUGUAGGCUGUGUAAGUAGGUCAGAGAGAGCUCUUUACUGUGCUGCAGUGUCAUCACACACUGGAGGCAGCAAAGAUAGGAGGAAAGAGGGCAGAGGCCCAGGUCUACUGCACACUCACGCAUUAUUACUGCUAUGAUUCUGGAUGGCAUUUGCAAUUACUUUAUGUUGUGGCCUUCGCUGGUAUAGCUACAAGGCCCCUAGACAUAACAACAAAUUAUCUCUACAGUAGUACCUGCACCAUGACACUAAGAGGGGAAUCUUCGGAAAUUCCAUGAUUGGAUUUAGAUUCUGAUUUGAUUCUUGAUGAAUCAAAUUGAAUAUGUGUGAGUACACAGCCUUUUGAUUUUGAAAAAGUGACUGCACUCAUUUGGAAGCAUGCUACAGUCUUUUUGCCUGUUUGAGAAAUGUUAAAUGAAAAUGUGAUUUCCGGACCAACAUCACAGGUUAAUGUCUUUUGCAAAAACAGAGUGGUUUGUGUUCUGGAGUAAGGAUGAAAAAAAGAAAGCAAAGCACUCGGCUGUACUUGACAUUAUUACCAGCCAAACUCAAUGUUAACUACAACUUGGUACGGAUGCAAGUCUUAUAAAUGGACUAAAUUAAUAAACAGAGUUGGCAGAAGCUUUGUUAAGUGCUGCAGUGUGAGUUGGUUGGACGGCUUGUUUGCAAGCAGAUCUCUGCCCCAGUAACAUCCAAAGUUAGACUGUAAAUGACUUUAUAUUUUACAUGGUCACAGUCAGGGUCAUCCUGAACCAGAUUACAUUGAAAAUGUUGGCAAACCUCAGAAGAUUUUAUGAGGGUUUAAACACGAGGACAUUGUCAGCGUGUUAUGUUUAUUGAGCUAACUCUCUCUCUAAAAUUGCACAGUAAAAUAACAUCAAAUUUUACAUGGUCAUAAACAGGGUCAUUCUGGAAAAGAUUAAAAUUGAACAUUUGAGCAAAACUCUGAAGGAAGAGAAUUAUUUAUUUAAUUUAUGAGAGUAAAGUGGGACAUUUUUUUGUAUUUGACGGUGCUUUCCCUGUACAGCUAUGUGUAGUAAAACAAUUUAUGUUCAUAGACAGGGAUAUUUUGAGCAGAGAUCUAUUGUGCUACUCAGCAAAGCUAUUGUGAGAACUGCUUUAUAAAAUUAGAUCUUUAUUGCUGACAAUUUUAUUAGGUGUAUGAAAUUAUUGCUGAGAUGCAAGAUGGGGUUUCAGCAACCAACAGUUCAAUUGACCGCAGUGUUUUACAUCUGCUAUGUCUUGUCUGCUGUGUCCUCCCGUGCCCUGACGUUAUCAGUAAAUUUGUUUUUUCAUUGCAUGAAAAAAUGGAAUGGCAUGAGAGCAUGUUUAAAGUGUUUAUUGUUUGAGUCUCAUGGCAAAUGCAUAAUUCCCAUUUCAGACCAAAGAUUCACAAUGAGACCAGUUGAAACUUGCAACUGCUUGCAAUGCGUCAGCCUACAACAUUCUAAAAAAAAGCAGCCAGUUUACACUAAUGCACUAUAUAAGAUGGUGUGUUGUCUCCAUAGCAACCACUCUCUGUACUGUCAUUUGGAAUUUCAGCUUUUCAGGCUUAUUGUGUAGCUGACUAUAAUUUGUAGCUUCUAAAAAUAUGAUUGAAGAGGGAUGUACAUGAGACGGACUCCAGCUUCACGGGAACGUGAAGGGCUGACUAGCUUAUGAAACAGGUGACUUGCCACACGCUCUAAAACCAGCUGCUAGUGAUUUGACCAGCUAAGUCACAGCUGACAUCAUCAGCCGGCUUGAGUCAAGCUGGGAUGGGCCAAUUUACACCACUGUAACUUUUCUCUGCAACGUCUUAAAACAGUUUCAUCUUGUUGUGAAUCUUUGGUGUGAAUGUGAGGGUUGGCAGUCUUGCAGGGUAUUUACAAAAUCACCAUAGUCUUCAAAGGCUAAUUUUUAAGUUAGAAAUUCCAAAAUGUGCCCAAACAAGGGUUGAGCCGAAUACUCAGAUGAAACAAGUAUUUGGUACAGAUAAUGUGCUUUUUAUGUGUAUGAUCCAAGUAAAUUAUCCGUACUCAUACUGAAGGAAUAUCCUGAUUUGCAUGGCUGUGUUCGAUUUCUUACUCUCGUGAUCAAAAAUGAUGUGAAGCUCAAUUCUGAGGCUGUUCUACAAAUAGCUUACUAAUAAAUAACAGAUAUAGCAACUUCUGAUCAACCCCUAUAAAUUUUAGGCUUAAAAUAACAACUUCUGGUUAGGUACCACCCACUUCUGGUUUAAACCCCACCCAUUCUAAGUCCUAAUACACAUACAGGUAAUUAAUUUGUUGGAACAAAUACAGAUAAUGGUGUACUUGCUCAUCCCUACCCCAAACACUUGCCCUCUUUGAAGAGGUACUGUAAGAUGACUUUAGUGUGAGUGUGCUCAGCACUGUGGGGGUUCUGCAUUGUGUCUAUACAGUUGAGUUAUUCGUUCAGACAUCAUGAUAAAAAUAGAUUUUACAUAAUUCUUAUGUAAAUCAAUUUUUACCCCACUUCUAAUGUACUUUUAUUGGGAUGAAACUGCUGUCCAGAAAUUCAAAAAUUCAAUUUACAAUAGCAUAAAAUGCAGAAAAGUAAAUAAACAAAUGCAUCUCAGAAGCUGAAACCAGAAAAGUUGUCAUCUUCACAAUACCAAAAUGAUAACAUUAUUAUAUAUCCCCUCAGUCAAUUCUUAAGUGGUUGAAAAAUCAAUAAACUGACCCCGUUAUUCAACUCCAAAGGACAGUCUAAUGAAUAAUGUUGAAUACAUAAAAAUGAUUUCUUUUAUGCCAAUGUUCAUCCUGUUUCCUGUGAAUGUCUUCUAGGAAUUCAAGUCAUCUUUAAUCAUAUAGACUAGUAUCACACAUUUGCCUGAAGGGGGCCAUUUAACCAACAGUUACAGGCCGCCACACCGAAAUAUCGCCAUCCCGACGGUCCGCCAUCCCGAAUUCUGGUCCCUGAGUCCUGACAGUAAGCUAUGGCGAGCCUGUAGAAGCUGUAUUCCCCAUGUAUGUCAGCGAUUUUCACCGGGGACGCACGUGAGUAAUUCAGGCUGAUGUUACCUGUUUUUCAGCAAACUCUUUUGGUAAUUUUGUUAAAAGGCAUGGCAUAUAGGUCCACAGUAACUUAUUAUUAUUAUUAUUAUUAUUGUUGGUUCUUAUAAGAGUAGGCUACAAUGAGUACCGGGCCAUCAAAUCACAGCAUCCGCGGUGAGAGGACACGGAAUUGUGUGCGCUUUUACGCACGCGGGUCAAGGCCAUGACGGAUAUUUGAUGUGGGAAAGAUGUAGCCAGAUGUAUUACCUGUUUUAGAUGUGUGGCUGUCUGUCCGUCCAUCC